GUCCUGUCUGGUUGUGGUGUCUACGAUGGCACGGAAAUCCAUGAGGCCUCAGCCAUACUGGUACACCUUAGUCGUGGGGGAGCCGAGGUUCAGAUGUACGCUCCAGAUGUUCCUCAGAUGCAUGUCAUUGACCACAGUAAAGGGCAACCAGCUGAAGCUGAGUCAAGGAACGUUUUAGUGGAAUCUGCAAGGAUUGCUCGUGGUAAAAUUGCAAGCCUGGCUAAGCUUACUACAGCAGACCAUGAUGCUGUGAUAUUCCCUGGUGGAUUUGGAGCUGCUAAAAACUUAUCCACCUUCGCUGUUGAUGGGAAAGAUUGCAAGGUGAACGGAGAAGUUGAACGUGUCCUGAAAGACUUCCACAAAGCAGGCAAACCAAUUGGUCUUUGCUGCAUUUCACCAGUGUUGGCAGCAAAGGUUCUCUCUGGUGCUGAAGUAACUGUGGGCCACGAAGAAGAGGAAGGUGGCAAGUGGCCUUAUGCUGGGACUGCCGGAGCCAUUAAAGAACUGGGAGGAAAGCACUGUGUGAAAGAAGUAACUGAAGCUCACGUGGAUACAAAAAACAAGGUGGUGACUACCCCAGCAUUUAUGUGUGAAACAGAAUUACAUAAUAUUUUUGAUGGCAUUGGGGCCAUGGUGAAGAACGUGCUAAAACUAACUGGCAAAUAAUAAUAAUAAUAAACCCCCCACUUCAGAAAUGUUUAAAUUUAGAGUGUAGUAUCAAACAUAAUAUGGACCAAUGGAAGCAUUUUCACCUGCUUGUCCUGUUCACACUCUAGUGAAUGCUGAUACGAAGCUGAUCGAUUCCUGGCUGCGGGGUUUU